AUGGCUCAUAGAUUAAAACUAUUUAGUGGAAGUUGUUGGAACGUAAAUAAUAUGAUCGGUGCAACCUUAUUGGUUUGGAUAGGUGGCGUAAUAAUAGCAAUGUGUGGAAGUUUACGCUUUGUUGAUCUAGGUUUAAAAUUUCCAAGAAAUCCGGGGCCAUUGGUGCAAGCAUUUGCCCAAUAUUACUGGAUUGCGACUUUUAGUCCUUCUGUUAUGAUUGAACAUCGAGAGCUUUACAAUACCUUGAAAGAUUUGACGUUUUGUGGUUCUCUUGUCAUUGUCACUGCUGAUCAUAGAAGAUAUUUCCCAGUGUUUUCUGACAAACUUAGAAGGAUUAGUAAACGUGGAACUCCCACGAAUGCUUUGAUAUUCCAAUGUUUUUUGAGCGCAAUUGUAAUUAUAUUAGUAGGUGGUGUCCAUCCCAAUUAUCCCAAUUCAUUUCAGAUUUUGUAUUCAAUGGCGCAAUAUACUUCUAUGGCAUUAUGGGUAACAUUCAACUUAGAAAUAACGAAUGUGGAUUUUUGGUGGUGGACCGUAAUUUCUAUAUUCAUCGCUUGUUCUCUUUACAUCACUGUAGUUUCAUUCGUGGAGACUAAUGAUUCUGAAGAUCCUAGUAAUCCUAAUC